AUGUCAAUACAUGAAAGCCCAAGAGGAAAGCUUGAAAUGACAGCAGAUGAAGGCGAUAAAUUUUCUGAUAUCAGUAACCUGGAAAGUCAACCGCAAUUGAAAAGAACUUUGAAGGCUCGUCAUUUAGCGAUGAUUUCACUGGGCGGUGUUAUUGGUCAGGGUCUUUUCCUUUCUGCCGGUUCAAACUUAUAUGCUGCUGGUCCUGCUGGCGCUUUGAUUGCAUAUGCUAUUAUUGGUUUUAUCGUAUUUUGGGUGACGUUCUCAUUGGGUGAAAUGGCUACGUAUAUUCCAGUUUCAGGCUCAUUUACAGUCUUCUGUAGACGGUUUGUAGAUGAAUCAUUCGGUACAACUAUUGGUUAUAAUUACUGGGCUUGUUGGGCAAUUAUUGUUGCCAGUGAACUUACAGCUCUUCCACUUGUCAUGGAGUUCUGGACGACUGCAGUUCCAUCCUGGGCAUGGUCUGGUAUUUGGUUAGUCAUUAUUUUUCUUUUAAACUUGUUUGGUGCUCGUAGUUACGGUGAAGCUGAAUACUGGUUCAGUGUGAUCAAAAUCUUGGCUGUUCUUAUUUUCAUUAUUGUCGGUUGUGUGACAUCAGGAGGAUUAAUUGGAAAUACAACGCCACAUGAGGUGUAUGGUUUCAAAUACUGGAACAAUCCUGGAGCAUUUUCUAAUGGUGCCUUGGGUGUUGUUAACGCCUUUGUGCUGGCAUCAUUUAGUAUGCAAGGAACUGAGAUUGUAGGUAUCACAGCAGGUGAAUGCGAGAACCCAAUCAAGCAAGUACCUCGCGCGAUUAAAAAUGUCUUUUGGCGUAUCAUUAUCUUUUAUCUUGGUUCAGUAUUUGUAAUGGGAAUGAUCAUCCCAUAUGAUGAUCCAAGAAAUAAUAUGGGCUCUGGUUCUGUUACAAUCUCUCCUUUUACAAUUGUCUUUGAAAAAGCUGGCCUGGAAAGCGUAGCCCAUAUCAUGAAUGCCGUUAUCCUCAUCACCGUUCUUUCUUGUGCCAAUAGUGGUAUGUACGUUAGUUCUCGUAUGCUUUGUGCUUUAUCUAAAGAAGGACUUGCCCAUCAUAAACUUUCUUAUAUCACCAAAAGAGGUGUUCCUAUUUGGUCUUUAGUUUGUACAGCUUUAGUCAGUCUCGUGACAUUUGCUACUUCUUUUAUUCCUGGUAAAGCUCUUUUUGUAGUGCUCACCAAAUUAUCUGGUGUUGCAGGUUUUGUAACAUGGGGUGGUAUUUGCUUAGCCCAUUACAGAUUCCGCAAAGCUAUUGUAUAUCAAGGCCGUAGUAUUAAGGAACUUCCCAUUGCUGCUCCGUUCCAUCCAUUUGGCGAUUUAUUUGGUAUGUUCGCUUGUGUAGUUAUUUCUUUAAUGGCCGGUUAUUCUUACUUUAAACCUGCUGAUCCUGUUGGAUUGGUUGGUAAUUAUGCUGGUCUUAUUGUUUGUGCCAUUCUUUUUAUUGUUCUUAAAAUCUAUACCCGAUCCAAGUUAAUUCCGAUCGAUGAAAUAGAUUUGGACACUGGUCGCGCGGAUUCUUCUUUAUAUGUAAAUAAUGAUGACCAAAGCGAAAUCACUGGACCUUGGUAUAAGAAGGCAUGGAAGCGUUUCGUCAUUGUUGUCACAUAG